AUGGGCCGCAGCCGCAGCCGCAGCGAUCCCAGCGAUCGCAGCGAUCGCAGCGACUCCGAUCGCUGCAGUGUCGAGGUGCACCUGCCCAGCGGCAGGGGCUGCUCGGUGGAUCUGCCCUGCGGCGCGCGGGUGGCCGAGCUGAAGGCCUGCGCGCAGCGCUUGCUCUCGCGACGCUUCCUGCGGCUGAUCUUCGGAGGCCAACAGCUGGAGCCGGAGCUCACUCUGUGCCAGGCGAAGAUCCGGGACGGGGACGUGGUCCACGCGGUGGUGCAGCCGGUGGCCGUGGCCGCCACGGAGAGCGCCUUCGCGCUCUACGUGCAUGGCGGUGGCGUGGUGACCUGGGGCCAUUUGGACUCUGGCGGGGACAGUAGCCAGGUCAGAGACCAGCUUUCCGCUGUACAGCAGAUCCAAGCAGACUGCGCCUUCGCGGCCAUCCAGGAUCGGAAGGUGGUGACCUGGGGCAAUGCCAACUUUGGGGCUGACAGCAGCCAAGUCCGAGAGCAGCUCACAGAAGUCCUGCAACUCCGAGCCAGCGUGGGCGCUUUUGCCGCGCUGAAGGAGGAUGGCACAGUGGUGACCUGGGGGAAUCCGGCCUAUGGUGGAGACAGCAGCCGGGUGCAAGAUCAGCUGAGACAUGUGAAGCAACUCCACUCCACUGACCCUGCCUUUGCCGCCAUCAAGGUGGACGGUACCGUGGUGACUUGGGGCAAUCCCGCCUAUGGUGGAGACAGCAGCCAGGUGCAGGAGCAGCUAACACGAGUCCAAGAGAUCCGAGCAACUGAUCGCGCCUUUGCCGCCAUCAAAGAUGAUGGCAAAGUCGUGACUUGGGGCGAUGCCAGGAAGGGCGGAGACAGCAGCCAUGUCCAAGACCAGCUGACACAGGUUCAGCGGAUUCAAGCAACUCGCCAUGCCUUUGCCGCCGUUUGCGGCAACGGCAAGGUGGUGACCUGGGGCCAUCUACCGGGGGGUGGCAACAGCAGCGCGGUGCGCACGCAGCUGACACAGGCCCAGCACAUCCAGGCGACGGACUUCGCGUUUGCGGCCAUCCUGCAGGAUGGCAAAGUGCUGACCGGGGGUCUCCCGGCAUAUGCUAGCCAGAUCCAAGAGCUCACGGACGUGCAACACUUGAAGGCCACCGAGGGCGCUUUCGCCACCAUCCAAAGCGAUGGCACGGUGGUGACCUGGGGCUACCCGGACUUCGGCGCGGGGCAGUCGUUGACUUCCGUGCGCCUUCUGCAGGCGGCGCGCCUCGGGGCCUUCUGCGCCAUCCGCCAACACGGGGAGGUGGUGACCUGGGGCAAGCCGCUCUACGGGGGCGACAGCUGCCGCGCACAGGCGAUGUUCGACUUGUUGUGA